AUGUCGAGUACCGCGGCGUAUCGUGAUUUUGAUUACGAGCGGCGCUUUGGCGACGUCAAACGGCUCGAAAAGGCGGUCACUCACUUCAGCCAGGCAGUAGGGAGAGGCAUGAUCGCUAUGAAAGAGAUUGCAAGCUCAUUUGAGGCUGUUGGCGGGGUGCUAGCAGAAAUGACAUCCGCAAAUUCCGUAGCUACACAGUACAUGGAGAGCAAAGUUCUCUCCCCUGAAAAUCGUAGUUCUAGUACAGAGCAGCAUGCUUUUGCUGCUACUCCUUCUACUACUUCUCCUGCGGCUGCUUGUCUGCCAGGGUGGGACUCGGUAUCAAUGCUUGGCGCCAGCGUUGCCCCUGGGUCGCACAUUGACGAUGAUGCGGCAGCACAGAUGCACCGACUAACGGUACUUUUUGCGGAAGAAGCGAGGCGACUCAACGAGGGACAACCAUUUUUGUUGUACAACACAGGCGUGCACCGGGACGUGGUUAAUCGCCUGCUUCCUAUUGUUGAACAUCUAAAGGCUGCGGAUGCAGUUGCCAAGAAACGCGAUGAGGCACUGGCGAAGUAUCAAAAGUACAAAUCGUUGGUUGAAAAGAGGGAGCAGCAUUAUGCCAAAAAAGGUAAGGCUUUCGUGGACCAUGAUGGUUAUAAGAAGGCGGCAGAAAAGCGAGAUGAGGCUUGGAAAGCGUACGCCGCGGCACGUGGCAAGUUCUAUGAUGCCUAUCGUUUGCUUAUGGAAGUACAUGGGCACGCUGUGGCACAUAUUGUACAUCGCUAUCUCACCUUGAACGGGGGGUACCUGCGGGAAUUGCUUUCCGCCAUUGAGUCUGUCCUUCCCACCAUGGAGCAAAUAUAUCCCACAAACAUUGAGUUUGGUUCACAGGCGCCGUCCAUUUUAAGCGCAGUCGCUCUGUUGAAUCACAACGCGCCGGGCGCGACGGCACCAGGAAAGGAGGGGAACAGCGCGGAGAAGGAACCCCACGUCAGUGGGGCAAUUGCAGAGGAAGGAAAGAAUGGCGACGUUCAGCGACUAAACUCCGGGGGACUUGACGCAUAUGACAUGAAGCAAUGGGAGCAAUUGCCUGAGCUACAGUCGGACGGGGAAAAGGCGAAGAGCUUGCCCACGCCGCUGCCAGGGGCCGUCGAAGAGGCUGGGGGCGUCGUUGAGGAGGAGGUUGGCGACAGUCAUCGCGAAUCGGGUGUUUUCGCUUCGGUCGCCACCGCGUCCGCGAAGCGUGCGAACUCGCAGUCUCAAGAAGUUGCCAUGGGCGCCCAUGAUGUGAAGGGCUUGGACGAAAUCGUGACACGCAGCACUCUGGAUAGUAUCAGGUUGCCGAGGGAACAUGUUCCAGCCUCUGAGCUUGGUCCGAGGGGGAGCGAAUACGAGGGCGGCAGCGGGCAAAAAAAGGGAAACACCGUUUACAAGGAUCCACACGCCUGA